GCCAACUUGAAUGACCCUGACCCUCUGGGCCUUGAGAGUUAUGUCAUCCCAGAUUCAAGUCUGACAGCUUCCAGUGAGUAUAAUGCUGACCAUGGUGCAAAGAGAGGUCGUCUUAACCUGGCCCGAGUCGGUAACCUGCGUGGAGCCUGGUCUGCACGAACAAACGAUGCCAACCAGUGGAUCCAGGUGGAUCUUUUGGACCUUUACCGUGUCAUUUCAGUUGCGACUCAAGGGCGAGAAGAUGUUAGCCAGUGGGUUACAAGCUACAAGCUUGCUUGUAGUACUGAUGGCACGACCUUUCACACCGUGCAGGGCAUUUCUACAAAUCCUGGAGCUGACAGGAUCUUCACCGGUAAUGUUGACCGCAACACCAUCGUGACCAACACUCUUCCUGUGCCCCAGAUUUGCCGUUAUGUUCGCUUGAUGCCUGUCAGCUGGUUCGGCCACAUCAGUCUUCGAAUGGAGAUCUACGGUGAAGGCCCUCUCACAGCCAACUUGAAUGACCCUGACCCUCUGGGCCUUGAGAGUUAUGUCAUCCCAGAUUCAAGUCUGACAGCUUCCAGUGAGUAUAAUGCUGACCAUGGUGCAAAGAGAGGUCGUCUUAACCUGGCCCGAGUCGGUAACCUGCGUGGAGCCUGGUCUGCACGAACAAACGAUGCCAACCAGUGGAUCCAGGUGGAUCUUUUGGACCUUUACCGUGUCAUUUCAGUUGCGACUCAAGGGCGAGAAGAUGUUAGCCAGUGGGUUACAAGCUACAAGCUUGCUUGUAGUACUGAUGGCACGACCUUUCACACCGUGCAGGGCAUUUCUACAAAUCCUGGAGCUGACAGGAUCUUCACCGGUAAUGUUGACCGCAACACCAUCGUGACCAACACUCUUCCUGUGCCCCAGAUUUGCCGUUAUGUUCGCUUGAUGCCUGUCAGCUGGUUCGGCCACAUCAGUCUUCGAAUGGAGAUCUACGGUGAAGGCCCUCUCACAGCCAACUUGAAUGACCCUGACCCUCUGGGCCUUGAGAGUUAUGUCAUCCCAGAUUCAAGUCUGACAGCUUCCAGUGAGUAUAAUGCUGACCAUGGUGCAAAGAGAGGUCGUCUUAACCUGGCCCGAGUCGGUAACCUGCGUGGAGCCUGGUCUGCACGAACAAACGAUGCCAACCAGUGGAUCCAGGUGGAUCUUUUGGACCUUUACCGUGUCAUUUCAGUUGCGACUCAAGGGCGAGAAGAUGUAAGCCAGUGGGUUACAAGCUACAAGCUUGCUUGUAGUACUGAUGGCACAACCUUUCACACCGUGCAGGGAAUUUCUACAAAUCCCGGAGCUGACAGGAUCUUCACCGGUAAUGUUGACCGCAACACCAUCGUGACCAACACUCUUCCUGUGUCCCAGAUUUGCCGUUAUGUUCGCUUGAUGCCUGUCAGCUGGUUCGGCCACAUCAGUCUUCGAAUGGAGAUCUACGGUGAUGGCCCUCUCACAGAUUGUAACUACAAAUUGGCUUAUUGCAUGUUCAUCUGA